CUCCCCCGGGCCCGCGGGUGUAUGUGUGCGCGGGGCCAUGUCGUAUCCUCAGGGCUACUUGUACCAGCCGUCUGCCUCCUUGGCUCUCUACUCGUGCCCGGCGUACAGCACCAGCGUGAUUUCCGGACCCAGGACCGAUGAACUUGGGAGAUCUUCUUCGGGCUCCGCUUUUUCCCCUUAUGCCGGAUCUACCGCCUUCACCGCCCCGUCCCCGGGUUACAACUCGCACCUCCAGUACGGCACCGACCCGGCCGCCGCCGCCGCCGCCGCCUUCACUUCCUACGUGGGCUCUCCCUACGAGCACCCCCCGGCCAUGGCGGGCUCCCUGGGCUACCACCCGUACGCGGCGCCGCUCGGCUCCUACCCCUACGGGGACCCCGCGUACCGCAAGAACGCGACGCGGGACGCCACGGCCACGCUCAAGGCCUGGCUCAACGAGCACCGCAAGAACCCGUACCCCACCAAGGGCGAGAAGAUCAUGUUGGCCAUCAUCACCAAGAUGACCCUCACCCAGGUCUCCACCUGGUUCGCCAACGCGCGGCGGAGGCUCAAGAAGGAGAACAAGAUGACCUGGACCCCGCGGAACCGCAGCGAGGACGAGGAGGAGGAGGAGAACAUCGACCUGGAAAAGAACGACGAGGACGAGCCGCAGAAGCCGGAGGAGAAGGGGGACCCCGGCUCUCCGGACGCAGGAGCGGCGGAGCCCAGGGCCGCGCCGGGCUGCGAGCGCCUGCAGGAGCCCCCCAGCCCGCGGGAGGCCGAGGCCGGCCUCAGCGACUCGGAUUGCAAGGAGCCGCCGGAGGAGCGGCUCGACGGGCCGCCCGCGCUGCCCAAAGCGCCCGGCGCUUCUCCGCUGGGGCCUUGCCCGGGGGGCCGCGGUCCGGGCCCCGAGGAGCCUCCGCCGUUCCGGCCGCCCUCCGCCGCCGCAGGGCCGCCGCACGUCGCCGAGCCGCACCCGCUGCCGCCCGCCGCCGCCUCCGUCAUCCACUCGCCGCAGCAGGCGGCCCUCGCCAAGCCCAAGCUCUGGUCGCUGGCCGAGAUCGCCACCUCGGCGGACAGGGCGAGGGAGGCGGGCGGCGAGACGGCGGCCCCCGGCCCCACCGUGCUGGGAGGCGGCGGCCCCCCGCGCCCCUCUCCGCCGCGGCCGCGCUCGCCGCCCGCGCAGUGCCCCUUCCCCAACGGGGCGGUCCUGCCGCGGCCGCUCUACUACACGGCGCCCUUCUACCCCGGCUACACGAACUACGGCUCCUUCGGGGCCCUGCACGGGCACCCCGCCGGCGGGCCCGCCGCGCCCGGCGCCGCCUUCAAUGGAUUAAACCAGACUGUGCUGAGCCGGGCCGAGGGGCUGGGGAAGGAGCCCAAGGCGGCCAGGAGCCAGCCCCAGGCGGAGCUCGGCAAGGACUCGCCUUACGAACUGAAGAAAGGUAUGUCCAGCAUUUAAUGUCGGCUUCCCUCCUUCCCCCGCUGGGACUGUGCUUCGGUUCUUUUCUUUUUUCUUUCCUUCCUUUCUUUCUUUCUUUUUUUUUUUUUUAAUUUAUUGAAAGAAAUAAGAAAUCGCCGCGGCAGUUAUUUUUCCACUACCAAAAGAAACGCAAAAACGAAACAAACGGCGCCGAGCGGCCCCCCCGCGCCCGCAGCGCUCCCCGCGGCCCCCACGGACGUUUGUACGGACCCCUCUGUAUAUUUAAUGUAGCUUUUGUAUUUAAAUUGAUAAUACGGUAUCUUUGAAGUAAAUUAUGAAAUCGAGACACCUGUACAGGCAUUAAUGUUGUUUUCGUAAUAUAAAUA